ACGGCUGCUGCUAAUGCUGAAAAUAGCUCAAAGGCGCUCAGAACGGUAGCACCACCCAGCAGCUGCGAUCCGUUCGCUCCCUUAUUUGCCUUCUCUCUGGCCUUUUUCCCCCCUUCAGACACUUGGAUUGGGACUUAAUCUGAAAUCUCUGGAGUUCAAGACCUUCUGAAAAGGGCUAAAGAAACAAUCUCUGCAUGUAAAGGCCACUGACUCCUACUUCCUCUGCGCAGAGCGACUGGGAGCCCGGCUGCCCCGAGGAAAACUGAAGACUUUAAUAACAAACCCUCCACGGUCACAAUGAAUACAGAUAGCGGUGGGUGUGCUCGCAAACGUGCCGCCAUGUCUGUUACAUUAACAUCUGUGAAGAGAGUUCAAAGUUCUCCAAACCUAUUGGCUGCAGGGCGUGAUUCUCAGUCACCAGACUCAGCAAAAGGCUUUAGAAGCGUUCGACCAAACCUACAAGAAAAAAGGUCGCCCACUCAGAGCCAGGUAACAGUGAAUGGAAACUCGGGAGGUGCUGUGAGUCCGAUGAGCUACUACCAGCGGCCGUUCUCCCCUUCGGCCUACUCCCUGCCAGGCUCCCUCAAUUCCAGCAUCAUCAUGCCUCAUGGCCGGUCACUCGAUUCCACAGAGGCGUAUGCCCAGCACGCGCAGUCUCUGGACGGCACGGUGGGCAGCUCCAUCCCGCUGUACAGGUCCUCAGAGGAAGAGAAGAGGGUGACCGUCAUCAAAGCUCCACACUACCCUGGGAUCGGGCCGGUGGACGAGUCCGGCAUCCCCACGGCCAUCAGAACGACAGUUGACAGACCGAAGGACUGGUACAAGACGAUGUUCAAGCAAAUUCACAUGGUGCACAAGCCAGAUGAUGACACAGACAUGUACAAUACUCCUUAUACAUAUAACGCAGGCCUGUACAACUCGCCCUACAGUGCUCAGUCCCAUCCUGCUGCGAAGACCCAGACCUACAGACCCCUCUCCAAAAGCCACUCGGACAACGGCACGGACACUUUUAAGGAUGCCGCUCCCCCAGCCCCUCCCCCCCAUGUUCCUCCUCCAGUCCCACCACUUCGACCCAGAGAUCGGUCUUCAACAGAGAAGCAUGACUGGGACCCUCCAGACAGAAAGGUGGACACGAGGAGGUUUCGUUCUGAGCCCAGGAGCAUUUUUGAAUAUGAACCGGGGAAGUCGUCGAUCCUGCAGCAUGAACGACCAGCCUCCUUGUAUCAAUCCUCUAUAGACAGAAGCCUGGAAAGACCCAGUAGCUCUGCAGGCCUGGCCAGUGACUUCAGGAAAAGGAGGAAGAGCGAGCCGGCCGUGGGGCAGCCGAGGGGCCUGGGGGACCCAAGGGCAAGCAGGACCAGCCCCGGCCGGGCGGACCUCCCGGGAUCGAGCGCCACCCUGACCCAGUCUUUCAUUAGUUCUUCCCCUUCCUCCCCAUCCAGAGCAAAAGGUGGGGAUGAUAGCAAAAUGUGUGCACCCCUUUGCAGUUGCUCAGGGCCCCGCGGCCGCCCCUGCCAGGAGGUAGAUGACUGUCCCCCUUACAGACAGCACCUGGACGUCCCGCGCGACUCGCAGCGGGCCCUCGCCUUCAAAAACGGCUGGCAGAUGGCCCGGCAGAACGCCGAGGUCUGGAGCAGCACCGAGGAGGCCGUGUCCCCCAAAAUCAAGUCCCGCAGCUGCGACGACCUCCUGAAUGACGACUGCGGCGGCUUCCCCGACCCCAAAGCCAAGUCGGAGAGCAUGGGCUCUCUGCUCUGCGAAGAGGACGCCCAGGAGGGCUGCCCGGUGCCGUGGGCACCCCCCUUCCUCCAGGAGACCACCACCGGCAGGUCCCGGCUGCGCCACGGCUCAGCCCACAACGCCCCGGGCUUCCUGAAAAUGUACAAGAAAAUGCACCGCAUCAACCGCAAGGACCUGCUGAACUCCGAGGUGAUGUGCUCCGUGACGAGGGUCCUGCAGUACGAACAGGAGCCGCACGCCCCGGGCCUGCUCCACGGAUGGAGCCAGUCCUCCGCCGACGAGGUGCCCAGGGACAUGGUCCCCACCCGCAUCUCGGAGUUUGAAAAGUUGAUUCAGAAGUCAAAAUCCAUGCCCAACCUGGGGGAGGAGCUGCUGUCGCCGGCGGUCCUCGAGCCCCAGCACCACGGGCUGGGCCCCACCCGGCGGUUCUCCAUCGAGUCCUUGCUGGAGGAAGACAAUCCGGGCAGGCACCCUUGCCCGGGACCACGGAGCUGCACGUCCAAAACCCUGGUGCCCAUCCACAUUGAAGUCACCAGCGAGGAGCCGCCGAGAACCCAUCUGGAGCUUUCGGACAGCGACCAAGACGGGGUGGUGUCCGAACACAGCGACUGCAUGCACGUCGAGGGCUCGUCCUUCUGCAGUGAGAGCGAUUUCGACCACUUUUCCUUCACCUCCUCGGAAAGUUUCUAUGGGUCCAGCCACCACCACCACCACCACCACCACCAUCACCAUCACCGGCACCUCGUCAGCUCCUGCAAAGGCCGGUGCCCUGCCUCUUACACUCGGUUCACCACGAUGCGAAAACACGAAAGAGCGAAACACGAAACGACCGAAGAGCCCAGAAGACAUGACCCGGACGCCGGCCUCUCGAAACUUGCCUUUCUAGUCAGCCCCGUGCCUUUCCGGAGGAAAAAGCAUUCGCCGCCCAAAAAACAGACGGAAAAGGCAAAAUGCAAAACGGCCGUCUUCGAGGCUCUGGACUCCGCCCUCAAAGACAUCUGUGACCAAAUUAAGGCUGAAAAGAGAAGGGGGAGUUUGCCGGACAACAGUAUUUUGCACCGUCUGAUCAGUGAACUGCUGCCGGACGUCCCCGAGAGGAACUCGUCGCUGAGAGCUCUAAGAAGGAGCCCCAUGCCUCAGCCUUGCCACCCGCUGCCCCAAGACGGUGCUACCCACUGCCCAUGGUACCAGAGCGACUGUGGGAGGAUGCCCCACAGUGCCUCUCUCCAAGACAUGGACACCAAUAGCAACUACCACCCAGACCACGACAGUGCCCUGGACCGCGAGUCCCCUAGAAGUUACGCGUCCACUGUGGCUGACUUGGGGAGGAGCGCACCGAGGGAAAGAAGAGGAACUCCAGAAAAAGAGAAAUUGCCUGCAAAAGCUGUUUAUGAUUUUAAGGCUCAGACAUCUAAGGAGCUGUCGUUUAAGAAAGGAGACACUGUCUACAUCCUCAGGAAAAUCGACCAGAACUGGUACGAGGGAGAGCACCACGGGCGAGUGGGCAUCUUCCCCAUCUCCUACGUGGAGAAACUCUCACCUCCUGAGAAAGCACAGCCCGCAAGGCCGCCGCCCCCAGCCCAGCCUGGAGAAAUCGGAGAAGCUAUCGCCAAAUACAACUUCAACGCGGACACCAACGUGGAGCUGUCGCUGAGAAAGGGAGACAGAGUUAUUCUUCUCAAAAGAGUUGAUCAGAACUGGUACGAAGGUAAAAUCCCAGGAACCAACAGACAAGGCAUCUUCCCUGUUUCCUAUGUAGAAGUCGUGAAGAGGAACACAGCCAAAGGCGCCGAGGACUACCCCGACCCUCCAAUACCCCACAGCUACUCGAGUGAUAGAAUCCACAGCUUAAGUUCCAACAAGCCACAGCGUCCUGUGUUUACUCAUGAAAACAUUCAAGGUGGGGGGGAACCGUUUCAGGCUCUGUAUAACUAUACUCCUAGGAAUGAAGACGAGCUGGAGCUCAGAGAAAGCGACGUCAUCGACGUGAUGGAAAAAUGUGAUGAUGGAUGGUUUGUGGGAACCUCAAGAAGAACCAAAUUCUUUGGUACUUUCCCCGGAAACUAUGUCAAGAGGCUGUGAAGCACCCUCCCUCCUGCGUAUGCUGCGUCUCAGAACCUUGCCCGAAAGACCCCUGCAGGCCUCCCGCUCUCAUGCCUUAUGUUUCCCAUAGAAGUCACCACCAUCCCCACCUCCACCUGCCGCCCAACCACCAGCAGAGUAACCGCCGGAGCCUUGGGGGGUUGGCAGGCUUGUUCCGUGUGAAAGUGCAUACCCCUGCUUUCUGCUCUAACCUGGAAGUCUGUACGUUAGGAUCAGAAAGAAAGUCACCCUACUUACAAAGGGGUAAAUAUUGGAGGCAAAAAAAAUUGAAAAGUGUCUUGAGGAGGCUCCCUGGUCCACUUUGAGGAUGCCUCCCCUCCCCCCACAGGUGACCAGAAGAUGGUUUAUCACUAAAUACGUGGUGUGUGUGUCCACACUCUUAGCUUGGCAGUCUGUUUUCCUUUCACGAGUUUGCCUAGAGCCCUCGUUUACACAACAUGACAACCUACUUCAGCUAUUAUUCGCCUGCACUUACAUGUUGUAAUAUGCACAGUGAUUGUUACACAAGCUAAAGCAAGCGUAGGAGCGUUCAUUCGGAUGAGUGUGAUUUUUGUGGAUUGAAUGUGGGUUUUCAAAUAGCAGUCUUGCCCUGCGAUUCCUUUGUACUUUUUAGAAGUGCAAACAGUAAGUGAAUAAGAGCUUUGGGUAGUAAUCAUGAGAAUAUAAGAGAUUUAGCUAGACUACAAAAAAAAAUAUUGUGUUGUAAAGUUGCGUUGCUAUUUUAUAUUAAAAUGUAAUAAUCAGCAUCAUAAACAAUGAGCCCUUAGUGUUUAUUUAUCUGACAAAAUUUAAAUGAAAGCAGUGUUAGUGAGAGGUGCAAAGAGUUAUUCUAACAUAGACACUUGAAAGUAUCCGUAAGCAAUAUUCCUAGGUAGGAUCUCACUGGGUGUGCACAUAGCCAUUUGCGAUUGUAUGAGAACAGGCAAUCCACAUGAUAUGUCAUACAUUUUAUGGAAAUGUAAAAGAACCCCACGCAUUAUUUUAUAGAAAUAGAAAACUUUAGAAGUAUCACAGGUAUGAAGGCUGGUCUUAGCAAGGAUUAUGAUCAAUACAAUUAUUUUUACUAUAAUAAUUAUUUUUUUCCUAUGGAACUCAGAAUCCUGGCUUCAUUUGAGGACAGGAAUAUGUUGAGCCUGAUUUUCUGGUGUGUAUAAAAUACUUCCUCAAAAUCCAUCAGGCACUUUUUAGAGGCAAUGUUAACUCACCCAGGUUCUGUUUUCUGCCCUGAGGUAGAAAUUUACAAAACGAUAUUGGGACCUGGAAGAUUUAAUGUGGCGAACAGUGCCUGAAUUACACACCUCCUGAGAACUAGCUUUGUAUUUCUUAUGACUUUGCAUAAGAACUAUUCAUAUUUGGAUCUUGAGCACCUUAUAGAGAAAACUUUUUAUGGCAUUUCUUCUGUGGACAGUGACUGAUCUUUUCACAAUGUAAGUAGACUCUAGAAUUUUGUACAUAUGGUUGCUCCUUUUUUUUUUUGUACAGACUAUUUAGUUGUUGCGAAAACAAGGGAAUUUCCUAACUUGGUCUUUAUCCUUCACUUAAACUAAGCUAAAGAUGAUUCUUUGUAUAGCCCACAGAUCAUAAGCACGCCUCGAUAGUGUGAUUCUAUAAGAUAGCAUUUAUGCAAAAGUUUAUGAGCUUAAAAGAUCUUAGCAGCCAAACUGAAAUGUAUAUAAGUAUCCAGUACAGAGGGGUUUCAAUAGGAAGAAGGUAAAGAAACACCUUUGAGUAGCCGACCUUGAUUACUGUCAAGUUCACAACCAGCUUUAUAUUUUAAAGGCCUUGGGUUUGAAAUUAGGUCAACUGCAUGCAGCUUUGCCGAUAAAUGAAUAAUUAUCUUCCAUGCCAUUUAUGAGAAAAGACUUCAAUAUCUGUUGCCUGUCAUAUUUAAGAAAAAUUACUGUUUCUACUCUCUGUACCUGAUUUUGAAAGGAAAAAAAAUAUUCCUACUUGGCUUUCCGGUCAUUGACUUUGAAUUCUUACAAGCAAAGGUCAUUGUGUUUUUCUUGAAUAGACAUCUAAUAAAUUUUGCUUGGAAGUAUA